CACCGCGACGUAGGUUGUAUACAAGGAAGUAACUUGACUGUACAUCCAUGCUCUGUAUUAGCUUCGGUAGCUAACCUAUAUCCCUUAAUUGACAGUUGUGAUGAAGAAUAGUGACAACACUUGAACUACACCUCGAUUCAAGUGUUUAACAGUAAUGCUGCUACAAACACCUGACACUAACACUGCAAACAACACGUUACUUACUUAAUAAACGGAGACGAGCCGGGAGCACAUGCAAGCUGGCAGCUGAGUUAAGUUAACAUGUCCACAAGCUACCCCACUCCCAUUUACAGUCACGCUGGACGAGGAGACUUCAGAGAUGUGUACGAGCCGGCGGAGGACUCUUUCUUGUUAAUUGAUGCUCUGGAGAAAGACGCAGAGAGGCUGCAGCAGAUGAGCCCAUGUGUGUGUUUGGAGGUCGGCAGCGGCUCAGGAGUGGUGUCUGCUUUCCUGGCAUCCCUGGUUGGAUCUUCAGCUUCAUAUCUUUGCACUGAUGUGAAUCAUGCAGCAGCACAGUGCACAGCAAAGACAGCUUCCUGUAACAGUGUUUCACUACAGCCAGUCAUCACAGACCUGGUGGAGUGCCUCUUGCCCCGGCUAAGUGGAAAAGUGGACGUUCUCCUAUUCAACCCUCCCUAUGUGGUCACACCUUCAGAUGAGGUUGGGAGUACAGGCAUUGAAGCUGCCUGGGCUGGCGGGAAGCGAGGCCGAGAGGUGACUGACAGAUUUCUGCCUCUGGUGUCAAAGUUGCUGUCCAGUAAAGGGCUGUUUUACCUCAUUACCAUCGCUGAGAAUGAUCCAGAGGAGAUCCUCCAAUUACUGGGCAAACAUGGUUUGAGAGGAGAGUCGUGCUUGUCUACAAGAGCUGGAAAUGAAAGGCUGUCUGUCCUGCGCUUCCACAGGAGCCAACAAACGUGAACUCAACAAUAAAUCCUUUGAAAGGAUUGCAAGAACUGAAAAAGAAGUCAGUGGACAGGAUUUCUUUAAUCUAAUGGGGCACAGUCUUGGAUUUUGGAAGGACAAAUGUUCUCUAAUGAGGAAAACUGAAAGAUGUACACAUCAGACGAAUGAUGAACAUUUUCUGAUUAAAGCUCUGCAGGAGUGAAACA